AGAAUAUGCAAAUAGUAUAGAGACAAACACCGGAAAGUAAACAAGUUUAAGCCUGAAUGGAGAAAAAGAAUUGGUUUAAAUUCUGCUUCAUAAUUAUUGCUGUAAUAUCUGCACUUAGUUACGGUAGUGCCAGUAAAUAUCAUAGCAAAUAUGAACCAAAUUGGACAAGUCUAGAUAAACGACCUUUACCAACCUGGUAUGAUGAAGCUAAAGUGGGGAUAUUUAUACACUGGGGUGUGUACUCAGUACCAAGUAUGGGUUCCGAGUGGUUUUGGACAGAUUGGAAAAAUUUGAAAUAUAAAAACUAUAUUGAGUUUAUGGAGAAGAACUAUAAACCCGGCUUUUCUUAUCAGGAAUUUGCAAAUGAAUUUAAUGCUGAACUUUUCAAUGCCACACAAUGGGCUCUCCUGUUCAAAGACAGUGGUGCCAAAUAUGUGGUGUUGACCAGUAAACAUCAUGACGGCUAUUGUCUAUGGCCCUCUGUUCAAUCGUUUGGUUGGAAUUCAAUGGAUGUGGGACCGAAAAAGGAUAUAAUAAGAGAACUCUCCUCAGCAAUACGUCAACAUACAGACAUGAAAUUUGGCCUCUAUUAUUCGCUGUUUGAGUGGUUCAAUCGCAUGUAUAUCAACGAUAAGCUACACAUAUUUCUAACGCAGGACUAUGUCAAUCAAAAAGCCCGACCAGAGCAAAUGUUUUUAGUUCAAGAAUAUCUACCGGAAAUCAUUUGGUCUGAUGGCGAUUGGGAAGCUCCAGCGAAAUAUUGGAAAUCUGAAGAAUUUAUAGCCUGGCUCUAUAAUGACAGCCCUGUUCGCGACACUGUUGUAACUAACGAUCGUUGGGGUAUUGGUACGGCCUGUUUGCAUGGUGAUUUCUAUAAUUGUAAGGAUCGUUACAAUCCUGGAGUAUUGCAAAAACAUAAAUGGGAAAAUGCAUUCACAUUGGACAAGGAUAGUUGGGGUCAACGUUACGAUGUGACACUAAAGAAUUUCAUGACCAGUGAAGAGGUGAUACACGAAGUCAUUACCACGGUCAGUUGUAAUGGAAAUGUCCUCAUAAAUGUUGGACCAACCAAAUAUGGUACCAUAUUGCCAAUAUUCGAAGAACGUUUAAGGGAUUUGGGACAAUGGCUGAAGAUAAACGGCGAAGCGAUAUAUGCCACCAAACCGUGGACGCAUCAGAAUGAUACAAGUACGCCGGGCGUUUGGUAUACAAAGAGUAAUCAGGAAAUAGAUGGACAAGUUGUUAUCUAUGCCAUGAUCUUAGAAUAUCCUUAUGACACAAACAGCCUCCGCAUUUAUCCAUGGGGUAAGAAGUUUGAAAAUGGUCCAGAAGUAACUUUAGUUGGUCUUGAGCUACUGGAUAGCAAUAUCAAUUCAAUUGUUAUGUUGGGCAUGGAGAACACAGAUAUAAAGUGGCAGUUUAAUGGUCCCGCCAUCAACAUUCAAUUUCCACCUAAGCAUCACAUUGAUAAAAGGGGUUUAAAAUACGCCUGGACAUUUAAAAUAACAAUAAGUAACGCCAUCUAAACAAAUAAAAUUAUUUAUUGGAAACACUAUCUUUGGA